CCCUAUGAAGUGACGUGGUCCAAUCAGAUUCUUAAAUACUCGGCUAUAACGCUAGUUUGAAUUCUGGGCGGUGUUAAGUUUGGCACUGCCGAAGUUCACGUUUUGAUGAAAAGGCGACCACAACAAACCUGACAGAGAGCGAGUUGACUUCUUAAUACGCUAACGUUACGUUAAUCGUACAGCAGACCAAUAAGUUGGGAAAAUGGAGAAUAACCUGUCCAGACUUCUUGUCGGACUUUCUGUACAGAUCAGCCGUAGUGAUGGUCGAGUUCAUUCGGCUUCUGUGAAAUCCGUUGACAAUUCCACGGUUAUGGUCGAAUGGCACGAGAGGAACAUCUGCCGUGGAAAGGGGAUUGAACUGAGUGAGUUGUGCACACUCAAUCCAGAGCUUUUGGACCAUAUAAAUGCAAUCACCAGCAAAAAUCCUGACCCACCCACUCCUGCUCCAGAAAAGAAAUAUGAGGGUCGACUGCGCUCAUCCAGGAUUCCUGCGCCUGCCUUCUCCUCUGCUCCAGCAGCCACCAAGGGUCACGAGUCAGUUGCCACUCGGUCUCAGGCCCGGCAGACGUGUAUGUUCCAGGCCCCGGCUUCUGUUUCUGUGGUUGAGACUGACCCUGGAUCGUCUUCAGCUAACCCAGAAACCAUAUAUCCUGAUCUCCCUCCAUCAUCUGUCCUCACAAACUCAGCAAUUCCUAAUCAGCAGCGUAAAAAGAAAGAUGCCAAACCAGCGACUCUGCAGCCUUUUGUUCAUGAGGCCAUAAAGGAAAACGAACCUGAGAAAAUGCCUCCUCCGUCCACAGCCAGAGGCAGAAGAAAAUCUGUGGCUCCGACAGAGUUAAACAAAAGCAAUAAAAGACUCUCUUAUGUUAUGAAGCCCCUUGACAUGCAGACCAAAAGGGGAAAGUUUCUAGAAGCUUCCCGACCCAACCAGAAGUUCUAUGAGAUGAUCCAAGAUUUCAGAGAGACUUUGGAAAUCACGCCCUUAUCAGCUACUGACCUGAUUGAGCCCCAAAGGAUUUGUGUGUGUGUUCGGAAGAGGCCUCUUAACAAGCAGGAGGUUAAUAAGAAGGAGAUUGAUGUGGUGUCAGUACCUGGGAAAGGUGCGUUAUUGGUCCAUGAGCCAAAACAAAAGGUGGACCUUACAAAGUAUUUGGACAACCAAGUCUUCCACUUUGACUACUCCUUUGAUGAGACUGCCACCAAUGAACUGGUCUACAAGUUCACAGCUAAACCUUUGGUGCAGUCCAUUUUUGAAGGUGGAAUGGCAACAUGUUUUGCGUAUGGCCAGACGGGAAGUGGUAAGACUCAUACUAUGGGAGGUGAUUUCACAGGGAAGCAGCAGAACAGUGCCAAAGGAAUUUAUGCAUUAGCAGCCCAGGAUGUUUUUGCUUACCUCAACCACAGGAAGUAUGCUAAUUUGGAUCUCUCUGCCUAUGUCAGCUUUUUUGAGAUUUACAACGGCAAGGUGUAUGACCUGCUGCAUAAGAAGGCCAAGCUCCGUGUUUUGGAGGAUGACCGACAACAGGUUCAAGUAGUGGGCCUGGAAGAGGUCUGCGUGUCCUCGGCUGAGGAGGUCAUCAAGAUGAUCCAGAUCGGCAGUGCGUCCAGAACAUCAGGCCAAACCUCAGCCAACGCCAACUCUUCCCGCUCUCACGCAAUCCUUCAGAUUGUGCUACGGCGCACUGACCGUGCUACCACGCUGCAUGGCAAGUUUUCUCUGGUCGAUUUGGCUGGCAAUGAGCGUGGCACAGAUGUCAGCAGCAACGACCGGAGCACUUUAGUAGAGACUGCCGAGAUCAACCGCAGCCUACUGGCUCUCAAGGAGUGUAUCCGUUCACUGGGAAAGAACAGUGAUCACAUUCCUUUUCGAAUGAGCACUUUGACCAAAGUCCUCAGGGAUUCUUUCAUAGGAGAGAAAUCCAGGACCUGCAUGAUUGCUAUGGUGUCUCCAAGCAUGGCCUCGUGUGAAUACACAAUGAACACUCUGCGUUAUGCUAAUAGAGUGAAGGAACUCAAUGGUAAUUCCAAAGCUUGUGAAGCACCUAAGACACAAGAGCCGAUGAAUAGCUCCUCAGAAGAGGAAUCAGUUGUGGAUACCAGUGUAUAUGAUGCCAUAUCUCAGGUGACUGAGCUGGAGGAGAAUGUUUAUUCAGAGCUCAAGAGGGCGGGCGACCUUGUACAAGCAAUGGACCAAAUUUCCUACAACAUCGAGGAAGGACUCUCUGACCUGAUUGAUCAUUCCAAAAAGUUAUUUGACACAGUUAUGGCUUUAAAGUCUGCUGUGGAUCAGGAGCAAAUGGCGAGGCUGAACCACUGAAUCGACUCCAAAAACCCACCCUGAAGAACAAUCUGUUCUCUAGAAAGUGUUGGUAUUCUUUCUGUGUUUUAUUGUAGUAAUAACCGUAUUCAAUAAAAUGAUUUUCAAAUAACUAAUUGAACCUGUCAUUAAUAUAUUUAGGGAAACUGCUCAUUUCCGGUCCAGAAUUAAAUACAUGUACAUUAAAUUGGAGAUGUAUUUUGGACAGGGAUCCUUCUUGAUGUACUCAUUAAAGUUGUGUAUGCCCUUCAUUAAAUGUAAUUAUGCCUCAACUGAGAA